UCUCUUCUAUUGGUUUACAUUGAGGGGUGUGCACCGCUGGCCUGCAGGUUUAAAAAUCAUAGAAAAUAUAUAUGCUGCUUUUGCUAUCUUGGAAUUAUUUUGGACACCGUCACUGACGAGGGACCGGCUACACAAUGAAAAUCGAUAUUCACAGCCACAUACUUCCAAAGACAUGGCCUGACCUUAAAGAGAGAUAUGGAUAUGAGGGUUGGAUCCAGAUGCAACAUCAUUGCAAGGGAGAAGCAAAAAUGAUGAAGGAUGGAAACAUUUUCCGUGUUGUUCAAGCCAAUUGUUGGGACCCUGAAGUGAGGUUAAAGGAGAUGGAUCAAACAGGGGUGACUGUUCAGGUCCUUUCUACAGUCCCUGUGAUGUUCAGCUACUGGGCAAAACCUCAGGACACUCUGGACUUCGCCCGUUUCUUAAAUGAUGACUUAGCCGCCACUGUUAAAAAGCAUCCCAAAAGAUUUGUGGGCCUUGGCACCAUACCGAUGCAGUGCCCAGAGCUUGCUGUGCAGGAAAUGCAUCGCUGCAUUAAGGAGCUUGGAUUCCCAGGCAUACAGAUUGGAUCCCACAUUAACCAAUGGGACCUCAACUCUAAGGAACUUCACCCUGUCUAUGCGGCCGCUGAGGAACUUAACUGCUCUAUCUUUGUCCACCCAUGGGACAUGGAACUGGGUGGAAGAAUGUCCAAAUACUGGCUGCCCUGGCUUGUAGGCAUGCCUGCUGAAACAACUACUGCCAUUUGCUGUAUGGUACUUGGAGGAAUAUUUGAAAAAUUUCCAAAGCUUAAAGUUUGCUUUGCUCAUGGAGGAGGUGCCUUUCCUUACACAAUCGGUCGUAUUGAUCAUGGGUUUAAAGUCCGUCCGGAUCUGUGUGCCAUUGAUAACACAACUGCCCCAUAUUCAUACCUUGGCAAAUUUUAUACAGAUUCCUUGGUUCAUGACCCACUUGCAUUGAAAUUUCUGGUCGAUGUAAUUGGAAAAGAUAACGUGGUUUUGGGAAGUGACUACCCCUUUCCAUUAGGAGAACAAAUACCUGGACAACUAAUUGAGUCUAUGGAAGAUUUUGAUCAGAAACUAAAGGAGACAAUAUUGGCUGGAAAUGCAUUGACUUUUCUGGGACUGGACAGAACACAGUUUGAAUGAUUGCACAAUAGAGCCCCAAGGAAACAUUUAUCAUUAUCAGAACAAUUUACAUACAUACAUACAUAAGUAUGGAUACACAGGUGCCUAAGCAUGGAGGAGACAAUUGCUUAAAGGCAUGCACUGAUUGCUUUAAAAAUAGGAAUUUCCCACUGUAUCCUUGGCACUUGAAUCACCCAGUGAUGGUAACAAUAGACAUGUGCACUGACAUCUCAGAGGACAUCUAGAUCUGCCAACUGGUGGCUCUACACAAGUAGCCUCCAUGUGCUGACUGAUUGCCUCACAGACCAAAGGAUGGAUAUCAUAAAUUAAUUGUUCUGAUCGUUUCAGAAUACGGCCCAAGCAACUGGAACUGCAAAAAAUUAAGUGGAAUUGCACCUCUUCAUAACAUCUGCUAAUGCACCACCUGCCAGCAGAUAUGGUGCAUUGCUAUAUAUAUGUUUUUUUAAGCAGGCACAAUCUCCUUAGCAACUGAAGCACUGCGUAUCUUGACAGCGCUAUAUAAAUAAAUGAUGAUGAUGAUGAUACACAUAGUUCAUAUAUACUGAUCACAAUCAGUGGGUUAUAUGUAAAAAAGUAUCCCAUAACACCACUGAUUCCUUAAAAACUCAAAAAUUUAUUAAUCUAUUAAAGAGAAAAAUACAUACA